UGGUGGGUUUCAAGCGCUCCCAUUGGCUGAGAAGGGGGGAGAGGGCGUGGCUAGAGCGGCGCGUGGGUUCGCUUGGGUGACACAAUUAUAACAACUUUAUCUUCGCGGCCGAAACGCGUUUUAUUGUCAAAUACUCACAUCGUGGAUUUUAUAACCAGGUAUUCUUAUUCACAGCGAGGCACAGGUUCACUUUGUGGGUGAAAAAUGUGACGUUUCAGGAGCUACCCAGAGAGCGCUUCUGUCCCCCCCCUGAAAGGAUUUACUACAUCGAAUCGCAUCUUUUCAUCCUGGAGAAAAAGUUUUUCAUCAUUCUGUUUCCUUCGGUUUUCAUUUUUUGAUUCGGCGGAGCACACCGCUUUGUCCCCCGCGUCGCGUUUUUCCCAUGCAAUCGUGCGGUGUGUCUGUCGCCGCCGCUGCCUGUGCUGCUGCUCGGAGUCUCGGCUCGGCUGCUUCUGCUGGUGAUGAGGGAAAGAAAAUGGCGGCGGGAAAAGCGAGUGAAACAGAGGAGGACUUUCCGACACUGACAGCCCAGGAGAGGGAGAGUUUGCUCGGGAUCGACAGCUCACUGUUUGGAUUUCAGAAGCUUCAUGAAGAUGGCGCCAGAACGAAGGCCCUGUUGAUGAAGGCUGUCCGCUGCUACGAUUCGCUCAUCCUCAAGGCCGAGGGCAAAGUGGAGCCUGAGUUAUUCUGCCAGCUCGGCCACUUCAACCUCCUCCUGGAGGAUUACCCAAAAGCAUUAUCGGCAUACCAGAGGUACUACAGUUUACAGUCAGACUACUGGAAGAAUGCUGCCUUUCUGUAUGGCCUGGGAAUGGUCUACUUCCACUAUAAUGCCUUUCAGUGGGCGAUCAAAGCAUUCCAGGAGGUGCUGUACAUUGACCCAGGGUUCUCCCGGGCCAAGGAGAUCCACUUACGCCUGGGUCUCAUGUUCAAGGUCAACACAGACUACGAGUCAAGCCUAAAGCAUUUUCAGCUGGCUUUGAUUGACUCCAACCCCUGCACUUUGUCCAAAGCUGAAAUUCAGUUCCACAUUGCUCAUUUGUAUGAGAUUCAGAAGAGAUACCGGGCUGCAAAGGAGGCCUAUGAGAGCCUCCUGCAGACGGAGGAUCUUCCUGCACAGGUGAAGGCCACUACCCUGCAGCAGCUAGGCUGGAUGCAUCACACGGUGGAGCAGCUCGGGGACAGAGCCAGCAGGGACAGCUAUGCCAUCCAGUGUCUGCAGAAAUCUCUGGAGGCCGACCCAAACUCCGGACAGUCCUGGUACUUCCUGGGCAGGUGCUACUCUAGUAUUGGGAAAGUCCAGGACGCCUUCAUCUCCUAUCGGCAAUCCAUAGACAAAUCAGAGGCCAGUGCAGAUACCUGGUGCUCUAUAGGGGUGCUGUACCAGCAGCAGAACCAGCCCAUGGACGCCCUGCAGGCCUACAUCUGCGCAGUGCAGCUGGACCACAGCCACGCCGCCGCCUGGAUGGACCUGGGCACGCUGUACGAGUCCUGCAACCAGCCGCACGACGCCAUCAAGUGCUACAUCAACGCCACACGCAGCAAGGGCUGCACCAACACGACCGCGCUGACCCACCGCAUCAAAUGCCUGCAGGCUCAGUUGAGUAACCCCCAGCUCAGUAGCCUUCAGGGUAAAAGUAAAAUGCUCCCUCUUAUUGAGGAGGCAUGGAGUCUACCAAUCCCAGCUGAGCUAACCUCCAGGCAGGGAGGCCUGAGCAGUGCACCACAGCAGGCUUGCAAGCCCAAUCACAGCGCAGACGGCGGGGGCUCGGGUCAGUCUCUGCCCCCUCACGUGGGCUCGCUGGGCUCACCAGAGGACCAGUCCUGCCCGGCUAAAAGGAGGAGAGCCUCUAGUCCUGGAAAGGCGGAUUCCUGGAGCUCUAACCCGCCACAGCAGCCAGUCCCCAGCUGGUACCUCUCCCCGCAGAAACUACAGGUGCUGGAACAGUUGCGGAGUAACCGGGCCAACCUGAAGCCCCCACAGCUUCAGAUGCUGGGGCAGCUUGAGGCUCAGCUCGCCAUGAUGCAGCAGCGAGAGCACCAGAUGAGACAGAACUCCUCAGGAGGUCAGCUUCGCCCCUCUCUCCCCAACGGCCCCACCACCAACUCCCUCCCCUCCCCCAACCCCAGCCUCCACCCCGCUCGCCCCCACCUGGGACUCCACCGGCCCCUGUGCCCGCCUCAGCCGCUGGCCAACGGCCCGGUGGGGCCACACGGACACUCAGACCCCGCCCUCCUCCCCGCGGGCAGUAACAGUAGUAAUAAUCAGUCGGGGCCCCCGGCCACAGGACCCAACGGAGACGUGCCUUACCUGCAACCUGCCGGCAGCGGCGACCCAGCACUGCUACCUCACACCUGCACAAGCACGCAAACACAGGACGCCGCGCCGCGCCAGGCCCUGCACCUAAACUCCUCUCAGGGGCUUCAGAAGGGGUCUGCUCCACAUGCUGUGAGCUCCAGUAGUGACGGGACCCCCUCUCACCCCCAGACCCCCAACUCCAGCGCCCCCAUGCUCCCCAACAAUCAGGUUGGACAUUCCACGAACGCCCCCUCGCCGCGGCAGCAGCAGGCCCACAACCACCUCCCCUCCCCUCCCUCCCUUCCCCCCUCUACCUCAGGUGGAGCAGCACCCGGUGCGUCCGCUACCAAAGAUAGCAACACAGCCGCUGCCAUCGCUGCGGCGAGCAUGACUCUCGGGAACGGAGGCUCCGAGGGAAAGACGCCGUCGCCGCUCGCGCCGCCGCUGCCCUUAGUUGACGGCAAAGUGGCGCAGACGGACGGUUUAGCCAAUCACGUGCACUCAGAGGACGGUGGCAAGGCGGCAGAGGGCGGCGAGAAGGCGAGCCUUAGCGCAGACAAUCCGAGACUAUCUGCCCUGCUGGCAGGGGGGAAGAAACCCGAGGAGGUGGAGGGGCCAUCAGAGGCGGGCGCAGCGUCCGCCUCGUCAGAGCCCCACAAGAAGGUCAAUAACAUCCACCCGGCCGUCCUGCCCUCCACCCCCCAUGCGCAGGGCAGUUCUGCUGCCUCCUCGCCCAUCUCCGCCAUGUCCACCGCCACGCCCUCGCCCAAAUCCUCAGAACACACGCAGACCGGCUCCCACAGCCCGCCCACCACCACAACCACCACCGCCAACACCACAACCAACAGCACCAACAGCACCACCAUCACCACGUCGACGGCGCCCGCGGUGAAUGGGAACGGCAAAGGAGGAAUCUCCGAGGACUCUCAGAGCCCGCUGAAGGCCGAGCCGCCCGCCGUCACCAGUCUGAAAGCUACGCCGCCGCACGGACACAGCUCCUCCUCUUCCUCAUCCUCAUCUUCGAUAUCCAUCUACCCCAGCUCCACAGACGUGCUGAAGGCCUGCAGGAACCUCGGGAGGAACGGUCUCUCCAACAGCAGCAUCCUCCUCGACAAGUGCCCCCCGCCCCGGCUCCCCCCUCCUCCCUCACCAGUCCUGCCCAAAGACAAGCUCAACCCCCCCACACCCAGCAUCUACCUGGAGAACAAGAGGGAUGCUUUCUUCCCUCCUCUGCACCAGUUCUGCACAAACCCCUCCAACCCGGUCACCGUCAUCCGAGGCCUGGCUGGAGCUCUCAAACUGGACUUGGGUCUCUUCUCCACAAAGACGUUGGUGGAAGCGAACCCGGAGCACCUCGUGGAGGUCUGGACUCAGCUCUCGCAGCCCGCUGAUGAGAACUGGGACCCGAGCGGGGUGAAGAAAAUGUGGCGGUGCGAGAGCGCCCGCGCCCACACCACCAUCGCCAAAUACGCCCAGUAUCAGGCUGCAUCGUUCCAGGAGUCGCUGCGGGAGGAAAACGAGAAGAAGGCGCUGAAGGAGCCGUCAGACGCAGAGCCAGCAUCUGCAGAGAGCGCCGCACGCAAGAGAAGAGGACCCUUAAAGCACAUCAAGUUUGGAACCAACAUCGAUGUGUCGGAUGAGAGAAAGUGGAAGCAGCAGCUGCAGGAGCUCAGUAAACUCCCCGCCUUCGCUCGCGUCGUAUCCGCCGGGAACCUUCUGAGCCAUGUGGGUCACACCAUCCUGGGUAUGAACACGGUGCAGCUCUACAUGAAGGUCCCCGGCAGCAGGAUACCAGGUCACCAGGAACACAACAACUUCUGCGCCGUCAACAUCAACAUCGGACCCGGAGACUGCGAGUGGUUCGCCGUACCCGAGCCGUACUGGGGAGUGAUGAGCAACUUCUGUGAAAAGAACAACAUCAACUUCCUGAUGGGCUCGUGGUGGCCCAACCUGGAGGACCUGUACGAGGCCGACGUGCCCGUGUAUCGGUUCAUCCAGAGACCGGGCGACUUGGUGUGGCUCAACACGGGCACGGUGCACUGGGUGCAGGCCAUCGGCUGGUGCAACAACAUCGCCUGGAACGUUGGACCUCUUACCGCCCAUCAGUACAAGCUCGCCGUGGAGCGCUACGAGUGGAACAAGCUCCAGAGCGUCAAAUCGAUGGUCCCCAUGGUGCACCUCUCCUGGAACAUGGCUCGCAACAUCAAAGUGUCCGACCACAAGCUGUUUGAGAUGAUCAAGUACUGCUUGCUGCGGACCUUGAAGCAGUGCCAGUGGGUGAAGGAGGCCUUAGCGUCAGCCGGGAAGGAGACGGUGCUGCGGCCGAGGACGAGGGACGAGCCGGCUCACUACUGCACCAUCUGUGAGGUGGAGGUGUUCAACCUGCUCUUCGUGCGUCGUGAGCUCCUCUCGAAGAAGCAGUACGUUGUCCACUGUCAGGACUGUGCCAGGAAAGGGAGCGCCACGCUGGACGACUUUGUGGUACUGGAGCAGCACAGGAUGGAGGACCUGAUGCAGGUCUACGACCAGUUCACAUUAGCUCCUCCUCUUCACUCAUCUUCAUCUUGACAUUAGGCGUCACCUCUUCUUCUUCUUCUGCUGUGGAGCCAUGAAAGCCCAUUUUACAGGAACUUGUAUUAAGAUUUUAAACAAAGAACAAACAAACAUAAACAUACGCGGACCAUUUCUGAUAUUCAGGAAAGCCAAGGCCGUCCUCCAAACCAACCAACCAACCAACUCCCCCCCCGCAUCCCAUCAUCCCUCUCACCACAUGGCCGGAGGCUGUGGCGGCCGAGUGUGUCUGUCUAUGCAACCUGUUUUGAAGUGCUGGAACUUCGCCCUUCCAGAGGGGGGCGCCAGAGAGCUCGCUAACAGGACUUUUUUUUCUCUCUCUCUCUCUCUCUCUCUCUUCUCCCUCCCCUCCCAGCCCCCUCUUGUGACAAUGGUUCCGCCCUGUUUUAAUGGAGGACUUAAUCAAAAACGGUUGGGAACAAGGGGGACGAGGGGGAUUCUUAAAGCGUGAUGAAAUUGUUUUGUAGAUACUUGUUAACUGUCACAACUGGCAACACCACCCGUAAAAGACUACUGACUUGACAACCUUUCCCUCUCUCUUCCUCCCUCUUCUUCUUUUAUUCUGGUAACAGGAUGAAAUGUUGACUUUGUUUUCUAGAAAUUCCCCCCUUGACUUUUCUUCUUCUGUUCAUCCUUCCAAGGAGCACUAGCCUAACUGGUCUUUUUCUAUGGUAGAUAGUAAUUUUAAGACUCUUUCGACAGCAAAAUCUCCAAAAAAAUUUGUAAUGUGAAGAGUUUAGGUGAUUUCUUUUCCUUAUUCUUCUUCUUUUUAUUAUUAUUUUUUUUUUUACAGCUUUUACGUUUUAUCUUUGUCUCGUUCUUUUCAUGACGUUUUCGUUUCUUAGGUAAAAAAAGGAAAAAAUUAGGAAAAAAAACUUACUAGCCAAGUCACAAAGAGAAUGGGUUGCACAUAGACUUAUGGAAUAAAAAGUUUAAUUUGUGAUUUUUUUUUUUGUUUGUUUGUUUGUUUUGUUGUUUCUAAUCUUGAUGUAAAUUUACACUAUUUAUAAAUACAUAUUUAUUGCUUGAAAAUAUUUGUUGAUGGAAUGCUGUUAUUUUUUCCAGAGUACCUGCCAUUAAAUUUGAAGGAGUUUUGUCAUUUUAACACGACUCCUCUUACAUUUUCUAUAUAUAAAUAAAAUUGCUUAGCAAGCAUUGUACAGAAACGGACAUUUAAAAUUGUUUUAUUGUUUGAAGAAUGUUUUAUGAUGAGUCAAUAAACACAAAGUUGUCAAAUUAA